CUGAGGCCUUGCCUCCCGGCUUCUCUCAGAACGGAAGGGCCGGGGGUGGGGGGUAACCCCUUUACUUCCCCCAGGGAAAAUAGAAAGAAGGGACGAAGAAGGGGGAUGGGUAAGGAAGAGAAAAAUACGUGACAAAGAAAACAUUCUCUGCCUGGGAGGAGACUGACAGGGUGUAGAACUGGAGGGAGCAUUCGCUGGCCAUGCCAGUACUUACCACUGAUGCUGAGUCAGAAACAGGUAUCCCAAAAUCCCUUUCCAAUGAGCCUCCCUCAGAAACCAUGGAGGAAAUAGAGCACACAUGCCCACAGCCUCGACUGACUCUGACUGCUCCUGCUCCAUUUGCAGACGAAGUCAGCUGCCAGUGCCAAGCGCCCCAUGAAAAACUGACCAUUGCUCAAGCCCGCCUAGGAACACCAGUUGACAGACCUGUCAGAGUGUAUGCAGAUGGAAUAUUUGACCUCUUUCAUUCGGGCCAUGCAAGGGCACUUAUGCAAGCAAAAACACUGUUUCCCAACAGCUACUUGUUGGUAGGAGUUUGCAGUGAUAACCUUACCCACAAAUUCAAAGGCUUCACUGUGAUGAAUGAAGCCGAGCGAUAUGAAGCUCUCAGACACUGCCGCUAUGUAGAUGAAGUCAUUAGAGAUGCUCCAUGGACACUUACACCCGAGUUUUUGGAAAAACACAAGAUUGACUUUGUGGCCCAUGAUGACAUUCCGUACUCUUCUGCUGGCUCUGAUGAUGUUUACAAGCACAUAAAGGAAGCAGGAAUGUUCGUUCCAACUCAGAGAACAGAAGGCAUCUCAACAUCAGACAUCAUCACAAGAAUUGUCCGGGACUAUGAUGUUUAUGCCCGUCGCAACCUUCAGAGAGGGUACACAGCCAAGGAACUGAAUGUCAGCUUUAUAAAUGAGAAGAAAUACCGCUUUCAGAAUCAGGUAGACAAGAUGAAAGAAAAGGUAAAGACUGUGGAGGAAAGGUCAAAGGAAUUUGUGAACCGAGUGGAAGAAAAGAGUCAUGAUCUAAUUCAGAAGUGGGAAGAGAAGUCCAGGGAAUUCAUCGGCAACUUCCUAGAACUGUUUGGGCCUGACGGAGCAUGGAAGCAGAUGUUCCAGGAGAGGAGUAGCCGGAUGCUGCAGGCCCUGUCCCCAAAGCAAAGCCCUGUGAGCAGCCCCACCAGGAGCCGGUCCCCUUCCCGCUCGCCAUCGCCCACCUUCUCGUGGCUCCCGAUCAAAAGCUCACCCCCCUCCUCACCCAAAGCUGCCUCAGCCUCCAUCAGCAGCCUGAGUGAGGGGGAUGAGGAUGAAAAGUAAAGGCUGCUGGCAGACUACAAGAGCCACACCAUGCGGGCCAGGGAGGAGGGCAGGGACACUGGGGGUGCCUGGGUGGUGUUUAAAGGGUAAUAGUUACAGGAGCUGCAGCUCUGCAGGGAGACCCUGAGCUCUGUUACGGGAAGGCCUUGGGACCAGCUCUCCCUCAUUCUCCACUCAGCCCAGCACCUGGGCUCUGCAGGGAGGUUUCCAGGCAGACAAACUAUACAAACCUCCUUAGCAUCACUUAGAAUCACUCUACUUUAAGGAAAGAUGCAGAGCACCUCUGGGAGUCUUGCACCAAGUGGGGUGCCUUCUGCUUUGGUCCUUAUACCUACCCCCACCACGUGCACCACCUGUGGAAGCGGCUGUUCCCUCAACCUGCUACUUCCUGCUCCUAAGGGCCCUGCACGUUGCCUCCUGCCACCUGAGCUCUGCCAUAAUAAACCUGUCACCAACAGAAACAGUUGAGUCCAAGGCAAAUGCCAACCUACUCACUUUAGGCACUGCAACCUGACAUUGCAAUGUAUCACUUCUUUCCAGUUCCAGAAAUGUGGUGCAUAAACGAAGGUUUGCUUCAGGCCAGAUAUAUAAAAGGUCAUCUACUGUGGCCCUUAAUUUCUUAUUCAGAGGACAAUUUUGUCAAGGAGAGCACCACGUAAGGCCUAAUGUGCUCCAGGUUGUCCCUUCUCAUCGAUUUAACUUGUUUUCCCAAACUACCUUAAUCUGUGGGAAACUCGACAAAGAAAAAUAUCCUAUAUAACAAAGGAAGGAGGAGCUGCUUUGCUUUGGCUCCAAGUCUAGCAGAUGGUAAAUAUCUCCUGAAGCUUCUCCUUACAGGAUGCUGUUAUGGAAUGGCUUUCCCCAUUUCUGACCAGUUAACAGUUUCAUAGACCUCAAGUAACAGUUUGAUGUACCAAACUAUGUAGUAUACCCAUAGGGGGCGCUACUUGCACGUACCUGUUCUAUGACAUGCCAUCCAGGGUGCAGACCAUAGGCAACCUGAAAAUGUAGUUGGAAUUUUACAGUAUACUCCUUUCCUGCUCUCUAAUAACCCUGCUGAAGUCCUUGGUGUUAAGGACUAGCUGGUUCCAUUGUGACUCUGGCACUUUUUUCCAACAGCUCAUCCUGGAUUCCUGUAGAACUGGCUUGGACCAACCAGGAAAUGAGUUGUGGUGUUCUCAUGGCCUCCGUCCUAUGUUUGAGUGAAGGGAGGCUCUGAAGAGUUUCAGAGAGCACUGUGGGAGCCUCGGUUCUGAGCUCAGCAUCUGAACGGACUGGGGAGGGCUGUAGUUAUCCUGGCCCUAGGUUUGCCCAACAGGAUGCAGACCCUAAGCAUUCCUGCUGAGUUGUUUGAAGUUACUGCCCCCUCAUCACAGGAAGGAAGUGAGCGGGUAGAUUCGAGGGGUAGAACCACACACACUCUUGGGUAAAAGGGGCACCACCCAGCUGUCCCAUUGAAGCCCGAGACAAGAGGCCUGAACCAGCAACUUGUAGGCAGAGCCCAGCAUUUCUUGUGACAGAAACACCCCUUUCCAGAGGCCCUGGGAACCGGCCUUCUGCGUGACAAGUGGGGCAAGCAGUGAAGGAAGGUGGCGUGUCUUUCCCCCUCGUGUUGGGGUUGAACUACCUCCUUGUCCACCUGGAGAUGAGUGGUGUUUAUUGGGAAGUGAAAUCAUAGGGCUAAACUGGCUCAGAGUGCCCUUGUUAUUGGCACUUCCUCCAGAAUUCUGUCAAGCACUCAUGUGGGACAGAGAGCUGGCAGGAACAUGGCACAUGAGAAGAAAAUUUUGCAGUCAAGGCCUAGAGCAUUGCUGUGCAGACCGUGCAAGGUCCAUUUGGUGGUUCUCUUUCGUCAUGCACUCAGGGGAAAGUGGGCACAUGUGCCUGCCACUUUAGUUGGGCAAGCCUUACAACAGUGAGAGGAUGAGGAGACCAGCUGGGCAAAGCAAGGUGGUGAGAAUAAGGGAAGAGGAAAAAGGUGCCUAGAGAGAGGCCCAGGGCAGACAGAUCUACUUUUACCUGAAUCCUGCUCUGGAGCAAAUCCUGUGGGAUGGAUGUAUCAGGCUGAUUGUAAGUUUGCAGGCCUUUAUACCCCAUACUGACAGGUGCCACUUAGGUGACUCAGAUUCAGGGCCAUCAAAGCUGCCAAUUAUGGGAAAUGGCCAAUGCCUGGGAUAUUCCAGAGAUGGGCCAAAACAACCCACAAGUGGAUUCUAAAUAUCACCUUAUGUCCCCCUCCUGACCUCUAGCAAUACCUCCUAAGGCUACAAGACUACUGAGAAGGAAUGGGGGGGGGGAUUCUGCCACCCAACAUUUGAUGCUUUCUGGCCAUCAGUUUCUCUCAGCCACUCUCUCGUCCCAGGAGGAGGUGGGGUUGCUUUCUUUGGGCCGGCCAGUCAACAGUAAUGGCCCAGACUGAGUGAAGGCUGCAAUGGGAGAUGUACAAGCUUAGGGAGGUUAGCAUUAAUGACAAAAAAAGGGAGGAUUCUUUAGCUCCAGGCAGGGAGGGAAGCUUCGGACUGAGGACGAGAGCACACCAUGUAGGGUUCUGGAAGAGAGCAGGUUAAAUGACGAUGGGCUACAACAGGGCUGAAAGAAGGUGGGGGUGGGAGAGUAGUUAAUCUCAAGUGGCACACACCCCCUAACAGGUGAAGAAGGAAGGCCUCCUUUCACGGACACCCAAAGUUAGUGGGUACCCAUGUGGGAUGUGGGUCCCCUGUCCACCCCAGCUCCCCAAUUUCAGAACUUCCCCAUGAGCUGCCACACCCUCCUGGGAACCCUGAAAUCAAAUAUUCACCCUUCCACCCUCUGAUAACACGGGGGACUUGUAAUGCCAUGGUCACAUUGAGCGGCUUGUUUGUGGAAAGCCAGCUCCCGUGUGCCAGGACCUUACAAAGGGGAAGGGAACCAACCUCAAGAAGAGUGACCCCAAGACUGAAUUCUACCUUGUGACCUGCUCUGAGGGGAAGACACACAGCUGUGGGGCUGCAGUGUUGCUCCAUGCCCUAGGCGGUGGUAACUGUGAGUCCGCCCUUGGAGGGAGGGACGGGAAGAGUGCAGAUUUGUUCUCUCUCCAUGUUCAGGCCUCAUUUAGCUACCCAGCUGCACCCCGGGGGCAGGAUGCAAGAUGGCGGCACAGGCUCGGCUGAGCCCGAUGAGCCCAAACAGCCGAGCGGUUCCCGUGCCUCAGGCACCCGCUCGGCACCAGUCUUGGCCAUCAUUUUUUUUUUUUUUUUUUGAAAAAGAAAAUAAGCUCAUAAUGCGUUUGGAACUUUUCUCUAGACUUUAGAUUUUUGUUAAUAGCAAUGUGUUCCGGGACAAAGCCAUAAGAAGAGCAUAUAUACUGUACCUAUGAGACAAGAUGACGAUGAUUCACCUAAGUUAAAGUAUGACCUUAAGCCCAAGCAUUUGCUCUGGUGCUGAAUAAUGAGAACUACUGGAAUCAGCCCUCUAUCCCACCCCAGCCCUUAUGCUCCAAACCCAUCCCUGCUCCCAAAUGGAACACAGCAUUUCCAACUGUUUGUAAAUAAAGAGAUUCAGAAUUGC